AGUUUGAAUAAAGCUUCUUUCUGCUCUCCCACGCAGGCAGGAGUGAGAGGCCCCUGGAGUCGCUACCACCGGGAGCUUUGGAGCAUCAACGGUAACAAUGACCCCCCUGCUUCUGCUGUGCGUGUCCUUGCCCCUCAUCUUGGCAACAGUUUUGCCGAAAGACCAUGAUGACUUGGAUGGCACAUUGCGUGUCAGCAUCCCAAUGGAGAUGCCUCUCCGUCCUCUGCUCGGCAGCAAAGUAGUCGUUCCAUGCUACUUCCAGGACAACACGGUCAACGACCCCGGUGCCCCGACCAUCGCCCCGCUCUCCCACCGCAUCAAAUGGUCCUACAUCAUCAAGGAGAAAGUCACCACCAUCCUGGUCGCAUCGGAGGGGAAAGUCCAAGUGGAGACGGAGUAUUUGGACAGGGUGACGAUGAUCAACUACCCGCUGGUGCCCACCGAUGCCACCAUGGAGAUAACGGAGCUCAGGUCCAAAGAUUCUGGCACCUACCGCUGCGAGGUGAUGCACGGCAUUGAGGACAACUACGACACCGUGGACAUCCUGGUUCAGGGUAUCGUGUUCCACUACCGAGCCAUCUCCACGCGCUACACCCUGACCUUUGAGAAAGCCAAAGCAGCCUGUAUCCAGAACAGUGCCAGCAUCGCAACUCCAGCUCAGCUCCAGGCGGCGUACGAUGACGGAUACCACCAGUGUGAUGCUGGAUGGCUCUCUGAUCAGACCGUCAGGUACCCCAUCCAGGAGCCUCGUGAGCGCUGCUACGGAGACAAGGAGACCUUCCCUGGCGUGAGAACAUAUGGCGUGAGAGAUGCUAACGAGACCUACGACGUGUACUGCUUCGCUGAGAAGAUGUCAGGCAGAGUCUUCUACUCCAUGUCUGUGGAGAAGUUCACCUUCUAUGAAGCUGGGGAUCAGUGCACCAAACUUGGGGCCCGCCUUGCGAGCACCGGAGAGCUUUACCUGGCCUGGCAGGCUGGCAUGGAUGUGUGCAACGCUGGCUGGCUGGCAGACAGGAGUGUGCGUUACCCCAUCAACAUCGCCAGACCCCAGUGUGGAGGGGGGCUCCUCGGAGUGAGGACCGUCUACCUGUUCCCUAACCAGACAGGAUACCCCUACCCAGACUCCCGCUAUGAUGCCAUCUGCUUCCAAGCUGGUGAGGAUGAAGGUUCCGUCCUCGUAAGGACCACUCCUUUCCCAGACAUCAUUCGCAUCUCACCUGGCUCAGCUAUAUACCCAGGUAUCAUCCCCACCCCUGUACAGGAGGAGGGCAAAGGCGAUGAAGUCCAAACCCUUUCCCCACUGCCGGUGCCCCCGAGUGCGACAGACACUUUCACUAGAGUGACUCCGAUUGUACCUGAGCCUGGUUUGGGUCUGACUGACAUUUACGCCGCCAUGGGACCCACAGGUGUGGUGUUCCACUACAGACCCAUCACCGGUCGCUACACUCUGACCUUUGUGGAGGCUGCCAGAGCCUGCCAGAGUAUCGGGGCAGUCAUUGCCAGCCCUCAGCAGCUGCAGGCAGCCUUUGAGAAAGGCCUGCACCAAUGUGAUGCGGGCUGGCUCCGUGACCAGUCAGUCAGGUAUCCCAUCGUGUCACCCAGAGAAAACUGUGCCGGCAAUCUGCCCCACCUCCCAGGAGUCAGGUCCUACGGCCUGAGACCAGCUGGCGAGCACUACGAUGUAUUUUGUUACGUAGAACGCCUGCAAGGCGAGGUCUUCUUCACCAGCGACUACGACAGCUUCUCCUUUGAGGAAGCUGUGCAGCAUUGUCAGAAACUCAACACCACCCUGGCCAACACUGGACAGCUGUACGCUGCCUGGAACCAAGGCCUUGAUAAGUGCCGUCCAGGCUGGCUGAUGGACCGCAGUGUGCGCUACCCCAUCACCACCCCCAGGUCCCACUGUGGAGGCGGUCAGGUUGGAGUCCAAAUCAUCUACGCCUACCCCAACCAGACGGGAUUCCCUGACGAGCACUCACGAUACGAUGCUUACUGUUUCAAAGCUGGGAGUGGGGUCGUACAUGUCGAGACAGAAACUAGGGUGAACGUGAGCACAGUGACCGUGGAUGUCAUCGACAAAACAACAGUCACCGUUGAUCAUUGGGCUCCGACAGUUGAAACCACUGUGCACUACAAUGAAACUGAAUUUGAGGUAAAUGUUACAACAAUAGAGGAGUACAUCAACGAGACAACCAUCACUACUCAACAAGUUGUUCCUACUGUGAAAACAAUUUUACCACCAUACCAUGUUGAUGUGUCCGGCUCGGGUUCAGCCGACCAUUCAGCCAGCGGAGAGCUCCCAGGAGAGCCCGGUUCCUCCAGUGGCAGUGGAGAGUCCUCUGGAUCAGGGCAGGAGAUCCUAUUCAGCGGACGCACUGACAUGUUCUCUGGAGAUCACUCGGCGUCUGGACAUCCACAGGAGGCAGAAGGGGAAAGCUCUGUUCUCUUCACAUCUGGACAACAGGGCAGUGCAUCCGGAUCUGGGGAGAGGCUGGACAUACCACACUCUGGUUUCGGUGUAUCAGGAUCAGGUUACAGCAGUGGAAGUGGAGAAGUCAGCGGUGGCAGUGGAGAUACGGUGAUCAUCAUGGUGGAUGGUGAGAUGGUGGAGGUGACGAGAACCGACCGAAAACCCACUCAGCAGGAGUUAGGCGGCGGAGGUAUUGACUCCAGUGGGGUGUCCUUGGGAUCAGGCAUGUCAGGAUCAGGAGAUCUGUCCGGGACCGGCUCUGGAUUUUCUGGCAUCUCAUUUAUAGACCACAGUGCCGUCGACCUCACCGUCCAGUCGUCCGGAGAGCAGGAGGUGUCUGGAUAUCGCCCCUUCCAUAGCGGCUUCUCAAGCGGUUUCCCAUCUGGUGUCUCGAUCAGCGGCUCUGCGUCUGGGGACUCUUUCCAGCACCGGGGUGACGUCAUCUACCUUACAGACAUGGAUUUGAUGGAGGUGACAGAGCCUCCACAGGUCAGGCUCCCUGAGCAGGGCAGGGGCGUGGUGGAGGUCAGCGGAGAAGGAAGCGGCUCAGGGAUCCACCAUGAAUUCAGCGGCUCCACGGACCAAAGAAUGCAUCUGUCAGGAAGCGGAGACCAGGGGACCCCAUCUGAGUACACUUCCAGUGUUGACCAUUCAGGGCUUGGCCAGGACAAUCAGGAACGACAUUCAGAUUACGUGACCCCCGACACGACCUACACCAGUCCAACCACAGCACCAUCAGUGUCAUUAGCAACCCCUUCUGUAGUUGAGCAGCCUGAAGUUGUUGAAGACUCUGUAGACCUUUGUGAUCCAAACCCCUGCAGAUCAGGAUCCUGCACUGUGCAGGGAGACAUCGCAGUGUGUCAGUGUCCUACCGGUUUCACUGGCGAAGACUGCUCAACGCGUGUGCAGGGCUGUGCCGACGGAUGGUUGGAGUUCAUGGGCAGCUGUUACCUCCACUUUGCGGAGAGAGACACCUGGUCUGAGGCGGAGCAGCGCUGUCAGGAGCUGAACUCCCACCUGGUCAGCAUCGGGUCCCAGGAGGAGCAGCAGUUCGUCAACUCCAAUGGUCAGGACUACCAGUGGAUCGGACUCAACGACAAAGAUGUGCAGAACGAGUUCCGGUGGACAGACGGAAGUCCUCUGGCCUUUGAGAACUGGAGGCCCAACCAGCCGGAUAACUACUUCAACUCUGAAGAGGACUGCGUGGUGAUGAUCUGGCACGAGGGUGGACAGUGGAAUGACGUGCCCUGCAACUACCACCUUCCCUUCACCUGCAAGACUGGCCCAGUCAUGUGCGGAGCGCCCCCUCAGGUGGAGCACGGCCGCCCGAUGGGCAGCAGCAGCAGAGCGCGCUACCCCGUCGACUCUAUAGUCCGCUAUCAGUGUGAUGCAGGCUACACACAGCGCCACAUGCCUGUCAUACGCUGUAUGCCAGAUGGUCAGUGGGAGGAGCCUCAGGUGGAGUGUACAGAAGCCGGCGCCAACAGCAACAGACUACACAAAAGAUCCCUCAGGAGGAGAAGUAAAGGUGUCGGCAGCCAACAGGAACAGAGGAAGCUGCACUGAGCGGGAAUGAAAGGACACACUGCAGAGAGCCACAAAGGACCCCUCUUGUAAAGAGGCAUGGACACCAAUGCAAAUGCCCGACCAAAAAGAUAACAUUCCCCACCGUGUAUAUACACACACACACAUACUUUUAAGCACAUUGGUAGAGUAACUGACGUACGUUUUGGAUCUUUGAGUGUCACUCUACAUCUUCUUAACGUAGUUUACUUUGUAUUUAUACUGUUUAAUUUAUAGAUGUGACUCAGUAUUUGUAAAAAUCAAGCCAAAAUUUCCUGCAAUCGGUUGCCAGCACUGCACACAGAGGUCGGUUAAAAAACUGUCAGAAAGGGAUACAAGAAGCUUUAGAGUGGCACCCAAAGUCCAACGAAUCCCCUCGAUAGAAGUGUUUUCAAAUGCAGCUGGAUUCUCUGAAGUAAAACACAUCGUUUCGUAGAACUUUAGGUGUUUUCUAGAUCUGUGUUUCUUAGUAUUAUUUCUACAUCUCUUGUAUUUGGUGUUAGACUUUAAGGACGACACGUGUGUGAUUCAGCCUCGCCAAUCAAGCAGGUUCUUUUUUUAUUCUCGAGCUGUUUGGUUGGGAUUCCCUUUAGAAAGAAAAAUUAAAAGCGAGGCGUGUUUUCAACAAUUCAGAAGUGUAUAAAAAUCCAAAUGUAGGGGGGAAAAGACAAAUGAUUUAGUUUGAGAAGCAUCGUGCAGCUUCCCCCGCCACAGAAUCAGACGUAUUGAAGAGAUUGUGCUCGUCCAUUUAAUGAGAGAAGGUUGAUUUAAAGGUGACAUAUCAUGCAAAAUGGACUUUUUAAUGGUUCUCUACCUGAAAUAUGUGUCCCUGUCUACAAACCCCCGAAAAUGAAAAGAAUCCAUUCUGCCCCUGUUCUGAUUUCUCCACCUUUCUGUAAAUGUUUUCAGUGUUUUUCAUACGUCACAACGCCAUCCGGUCUGUAACAGGAAGUCAGAGCUCGGAGCUUGUUCAGCCCAUAGACUGUAUAAAAUACAACUCAACCCCUCCUCCGUUUUUCAUUCCCUGCACAAAUGUGUGCUAACAAGGAGCUUAGGAGGGAGGCAUGCUAGUUGUAGGCUGUCUUAAUAAACACAAAGGUCAGUUUUACUCCCCACGUCUGCAGAUUUGAAGAUCUAGUGGAUGAUUCUUCAUUUUCAUGGAAAAGUGCUAGCGCUAGUUAGCAUAGCCACAUAGCUACAUGUCUGUAGCUGUAGCUGUAGCUGUAGCUGUAGCUGUAGCUGUAGCUGUAGCUGUAGCUGUAGCUGUAGCUGUAGCUGUGUACCAAGACACACAUCGACAUACUGACAAAUAAAACAAGAAACACUAAAUCUGGGACCAAUCAUUCAGAAAGGUCCUGCUGCCUUUCUGGCAGAGGUCGGUUUGACUCCCCACGUCUGCAGAUUUGAAGAUCUAGUGGAUGAUUUUUAGUUUUCAUGGCAAAGUGCUAGUGCUAGUUAGCAUAGCCACAUAGCUACAUGUUGGUAGCUGUGUACCAAGACACACGUCGACAUGCUGACAAAUAAAACAACAAGAAACACUAAAUCUGUGACCAAUGGUUCAGAAAGGUCCUGCUGCAGGCGCCUCUCCGUCAGGAUCAGAUUCUGGAUCAGAUUCAGAGGGUUGAAGUAACCCGGUCUGUGAGCAGCCGUGUAUAUUCAGCCAACAUGUAAACAUUAGAUCAACGUGCUGGACAGCCGAGGCCACACCCACUUCCUGAGGGGGCGUGGUCAGAGAGCUCAUUCUCAUUUAAAGGCACAGACACAGAAAGCAGCCUGUUCUGAGCAGGGCUGAAAAAGAGGGGUUUACAGGCAGACCAAAAUCUGAUUUCAAAGUGUUUUUAUGAGCAAUAAACUCAAAAGACAUGUUUUGGGGACCUGUUAGACCAAUAUAUCUUGAUGAAAAAGAGCAUAAUAUGUCACCUUUAAGUCUUUCGCAACAGAGCUGGGUCUAAAUAGUCAGCACUCACGCACUUUUGGGAGCCUUCAGUAACUUCUGUGCUAAAUAUUUGAAUCCAGUGCACCUUAUAUCAAAAAUAAACACACCACACCACACCACAUGUAAAAGGAUGGUGCUGAAGUCCACCUCCUCAAUCUGUUGCAGAGGAUGCACGCUCAGUUUGCAGGCCGGGGUGAAUAUUUGGUGCUUCUUGAGAGCAGCUGAGGAUUGUGUGCUUUUCUAAGAUUUAGAUUGACUGAAUGGUUUAGUUUCUCACUGUAAAUAUUCUCUCUACAACUCUCUGAACAGCAGGAUCUGUCGACAGCUUACGCAGAGCAGACAUUCGUUAGCUUAAAUAACCGGUGAGGUGCAGUUAUGCAUUAUUUAUCAAGUGGGUGUGACUGAUUUUGACCGCCAUCUGAACUGAAGACGUUUUUUUUUUUUGGGAGGUUUCUGGCUUUUCCUCAUGUGACAGGGUCUAAAAACAGAAAUGUACAUCUUGAAAUGUUGUGAUUUUAGGAAAAAGAAAGCUGUGAAAGCAGUAGGAGUUUAUAUAAAUGAUGAGGCUGAGGUGGAAGAGGAGGAUAUGAAAUGUUGACCAUGACCUUUUUGAAGGUCAAGAUUUGCUUCAACUCAGAGCAGACGCUUGUGAAUACGUCCGACUUCCACGGACGUAUUCACAAACUCAGAAACAGACGCGCAAAGUGAUGCUUUCAUGGACUCUAAGUUCAAAUAAAAACAAAGAUAACAGGAGAGGAGGUUUCUGUUUCACAAAGCUGCACAGUGAAACAUGCAGAUUAAUGAGUGGGUGCUCUUGGUGUGUCUAACUUUAAAACUUGUUGCACAUCAUCACGAGAGGGACUCUUUAAAAACAGAUGAAUCUGUGAGCAGCGGUCUGUGUCAGUGUUUGUGAGCCCUUAAUUCUUCAAUAAGUCAAAUUAUGUGUAACAUCGCUCACAAACACUUGUGUCGUGACUUUGUUGGGAUCCUGACACCUGAUGUGAACAUGCAGUAUUCUGUGCUGUGCCAAAUAAAACUUGGAAUCAUC